AUGCAGAUUCUCAAGAUCACUUGGGCCAUGGUCCUGCUGGCCGUCGGUGCCGCUGCUCUCCCCACCCCGGUCAACGUCGCUGCCGACCAAGCGCCAGAAAACGGCCAACUCCCGGCCCGCAGCGGGCCCAGCUCACCCGUCGCCAAGAGCACUGAAGGCGCCUCCUCCGAGCCGGGGAGCGAUGUACCCAGAUACCCCCUCAAGAAGAAGCCUGAGGUCAAAUAUAAUAUCGAGGCCAUGGUGAAGGCAGCGUGGCCACCGCCACCGGUGCAAUGCAUGAAUUGCCAAAAGGAGUGGAAAACCUGGAAAAGCUGGAACACCCGGAAAAUCCGGAAAGGCCGGAAAGACCGGAAAAUGGAUCAAAACCCAAAGACCUUUGACAGAUGGGAGGACUUUGAGACCCACCACUAUUACAAGCACCCGGGCACACCUCAAGACGUCAAAUUCCUACCGAUACCGAUAACGAAGCCUCUUUACACUGUAGUCUCCCCCGGAGAAUCUGAGUAAAGGGGUUCGCAUGUAAAUAGUUAUAGGACUGGGGAAAGAGGGUUGUGAUGGAGUUCGGAUGUUCCCAUAUAUAUAGAUCAAUACGGUAUAAUCAUU